AUGUCAGCAAACAGUACAACACGGAACGGUCUCUCAACAGAAUCUUGGAUUGUCGGUUAUUACUCAUUAUUUCUAACAAUUAUUGGUACAAUUCUCAAUCUUUUCAGUUUUAUUAUCCUCUAUCGAGCACCAUUUCGAAAUGGGAACAAUAGAGGAACUCUGCAUUAUAUGCGUACAAUAGCUAUAUUUGAUAUCUUAAUGUUAUACGGGUGGAAUCUUGAUCAUUAUCUAGCACAAAUAUAUGGUCUUACUCUUUUAAGAUACUCUGUACUUUCUUGUAAAGUUGUAACUUUCGUCAGCUAUUUUACUGCCCAAGUAUCUGCAUAUCUUCGUGUUUUCAUUUGUAUUGAUCGUUAUUUUUCACUCAGUCGAAUUCGCCCAGUUUGGAUUCAUCGACCAAGAAACACUCUCAUUAUUAUCGCCUGUAUUAUCAUAUUAGUAUUAUUGCUAAAUUUCCACAUUCUCAUCUUUGUUUGUUACCAAAAAAUAAAUGGCUCUGUUGCUAUUGGUGCUCAAUAUUAUAGAUUCUAUCCAUUAUGGGAUUAUGUCAAUCUGGGUGUGUACAAUUGCGUUCCAUUCAUACUGAUGGUCAUUUUCAAUAGUGGAAUUAUUCAUCAUUUAAUUCGAGUUCGCCAGACAAGAAUAAUACGUAAUUCACGUUUGAAUCAUCGAUCGAUUACAAUUACAUUAGUUAUUACCACGUCUCUGUUUCUUAUUAUGACAAUACCAGCGACAGUGGCUUUUGCAUUUUUUAUUCGAUCAGAUAAAACCAUUCUGAGGUUUCUUGAUGGAAUUUUUUACACGUAUCAUAUCUCAUCAUUUCCAUUGUAUAUGUUCACCUUUCAUGAAUUUCGACAAGAAUGUGUUAAUGUAUUGCGAUGUAGAAAACCCUAG